GGGUAUCGUGCUCGCGAGUGCAGAGCGGGAGGCAGGAUUCCCGAAUAGCUCAACUUUUAAUUCUUCAGCCCGGUCGGGACGUCAGUGUAGAGGGCGCUCAGUGGUGUUCUCCCACUUCCUCUCUCAGUCCUGUGGGUUAUAGCCCUAACACCAGACCACUACUUCAGCUCGUUGUACCUCAGGCUUACAAAUCUUUUUUUCGCUAAACCAGCGCCUCUUUUUUGGGCUGUUUCUACGACUUCCAACUUUGAAAGCCUCUCCCUGCAUGGACCAGUUGGAACAUGAAGAGCCUCAAAGCCAAGUUUAGGAAAAAUGAUGUCAACGAGUGGAACAAGAAUGACGAGCGUCUCCUGGUGUCCGUGGAGCACGGCGAGGUGGAGAAGGUGGCGUCGCUGCUGGCCAAGAAGGGAGCCAGCCCCGUCAAACUGGACAGCGAGGGCAAGUCUGCUCUCCAUGUAGCGGCGAUGCGAGGACUGACCGACUGUCUAUCAGUGAUCCUGGCCCAUGGAGCAGACCUGUCCAUCACAGAUGCAGCAGGCUUCACUGCUUUACAUCUCGCUGCCAAAAACAACCAUGCCGAGUGUGCCAAGAAGCUGCUCCAGAGCAAAUGUCCAGUCGAGGCGGUGGACAGUUCUGGGAGGACCGCGCUGCACUAUGCAGCUGCCAGUGGGAGCGCUCAGACCGUGCAGCUGCUGUGCGAACACCGGAGUCCUGUCAACCUCAGAGAUGCGGACGGCUUCAGCCCGCUGCUGUUAUCAGCCCAACACGGCCACACCGAGGCCUGCGCCGCUCUGCUAGACUGCAGCGCUGACAUCACUGCGUCGGAUAACAACGGCAGGACGGUGUUGAUGCUAGCCAGCCAGAGCAGCGGGGGGGCGCUGGUGGACCUCCUGCUCAGCAGGGGGGCUGACCCGUGGGCCGUGGACUCCCAGGGCCACGACGUCCAGCACUACGCCCAGCUGGCCCCCAGCCCCGAGACCAGGGCCUGCCUCACCGCCGCCCUGCAGAUACACCAGGGACCAGAAACAAGAUCUCCUAAAAGCCCCCAACAUGAUCAAGUAGCUAAGCUAAGCGAUGAUCGGAUCACAACGCCCAAAAAGCGAAAGGCCCCUCCGCCUCCCGUUAGCUCACGGCAGAACUCUGAGACUUCCGCCCCCUCGUCUCCCUCCUUCACCAUAUCUCCCGGGCCCAGCCAGGGAGACGGCGGCCAGCAGUUCCCCGACAAGGAGGAGGAGGAGGACGCGUCUCUGAAGGAGCAGGUGGAGAAGCUGCAGGAGGAGAGGAGCCUGCUGCUGGAGACCAUCGAGGACCUGAAGAACGUGGUGGAGCACGCCGUUCCCGUGGCGACCGACCCCGGGCGGGGCGAGCAGAAGCGUCCGUCCUUCCCAGCAGCGGAGGCCCUGACCGAAAGCGGCCGCCCGGGGAGCAUGACCUCCAACGCCUCCUUCCACUCCACCCAGGACAUGGACACGGAGACCCCGGACCCGUCGUACGCCCGGCCCCCGGUCCUGGAGGGCCAGGACGCGGGGGUCCCCGAACCGGGGGACGGCGUCGCAGCGAUGGAACAGGGUGAAGGAGGAGGAGGAGGAGGAGGAGGAGGAGGAGGAGGAGGGGGAGGGGCCCAGGAGGAGGAGAUCGGACUGCUGAGGCAGGCCCUGGAGGGCGUUCAGACCAAGCUGCUGGAGACGCGCAAGGAGAACCGCUCGCUGCAGGCCCAGCUGAAGCCGGGCGGGGCGGCGGGGUCGGAGCGCAGCCGGGAGAGGGAGAGGAGCCGGGAGGAGGACCUGCUGGAGAGCCUGGCCGAGCUGCAGGCCAAGCUCACCGAGUCCCAGGAGAGGUUCCACCGCGCCAUGGAGGAGAUGGAGGAGAUGAGAACGCAAGGAGGAGGAGGAGGAGGAGAGAGAGAAGGUGACAUGAUGAUUGACAGACAGGAAGACCAGAGGCGGAGAAUGUCACUGGAACAGGAAGUGCAGCAGCUGAAGUCCCACCUCGCCCAGUCGGUGAGCGAGCAGGAGAGGGCGGGACUGCGGGUCAGACAGCUGGAGGAGGUGCUGAGGACCAACAUGGAGGAGCAGGCCAGCGGGAAAUGGGAAGAGCAGGAAAGGAGGCGCGUGCACAUGGAGGAGUUGUACAAGGAGGCGCGGGAGGAGAUCAGAAUGCUCCAGGAGGCGCUGCGGGGCACGGUGCCCGUGGAGGAGGCCGCCAAGGACUUUGAGCAGAUGAAGGCGGAGAUGAGCCAGGUGAUCGCCGGACUGCAGUGCCGCCUGCUGGAGCUGUCGCACGCCUACAGCGACACCAAGAGCCAGCUCAGCACCGCCCAGAAACAGCUGGAGGACUCCUCCACCACCGCGAGCACCACCUCCCCCACGACCUCCCCUUCAUCUGAACAGCAACAGCAACAACAACAACAACAACAACAGCAACAGCAACUACAACAGCAACAAUUACAGCUAGAGCAGCAGCAGCAGCAGCUGCAGGUGUUAACCAGCAGAGUACAGGAGCUGCAGGCUGCCUUGGAGGAGACGGAGAAGAGGCUGUCUGCGGCCAAUCAGGAGUCGGUGGCACUGACGCAGGAGGCAGAGGUCCUGGCCCAGAGGUCCGUCUCCCUGGACGACCACUCCCGGGUUGUCUCGUCGCUAGGCAGCGCCAUCAAGGAGCUGGAGAGCCAAUCGGAGGGCCUGAGAGAGGAGUUGUCCCAGAAGAAGUUGCAGGUGGAUGCCCUGCAGAACAGGCUGUCCGCAGAGAAGGAGCUCGCCCCCGAGGACUCGGUCCCCCGGCUGCAACACGAGGCCACGCGGCAGGGCCUGGAGGGCGAGGUGGGCCGCCUGACGCAGCUCCUCCAGGGGGCCCUCAGGAAGCAGGACGAGAUGGCCUUGGAGGCUGCCGCCGUCUGGCAGGAGGUGCGGGAGAGCCGGGCAGAGCGGGAGGCGCUGACGGAGGAGGUGGCGUCCCGGGACAAGGAGAACCAGGGGCUGGGCUCCAGGCUGGCGGAGGCCCAGGACGGCGUGGCCCAGCUGAAGCAGCUGGUGGAGAACCACCAGUGCUCCGAGAGGGAGAAGAACAAACGGAUUGAUGACCUGUCACGGGAAGUAGGGAAGUUGAAGGACGCCUUGAACAGCCUAUCACAGCUGUCCUACACCGCUAGUCCCGCCUCCAAGAGGUUGCAGCAAAACCAACAAAACCAACAGAUGGAGAUGUUGCAGCAGCAAAUAAAACAGCUCCAGUACCAGCUAGCGGAGUCCAAGAAGCAGCACAACGAGAUUGUGUCAGUGUACAGGAUGCAUCUCCUUUAUGCAGUUCAGGGCCAGAUGGACGAGGACGUGCAGAAGGCCCUGAAGCAGAUCCUGAUGAUGUGUAAGGUGCCAAACCCGGCCAGGGAGACCUGCUGAACCCCCCCCCGCACCCCAGCCCAUCCCCUCCGCGUUCUCCCCCUAACUACAGCGUGACUUCAAUCAUAUCCUCCUUAUCGUCCAUCACCCCAUCCUAUUCACUUUGACCAUCGUCCUCCAACCACGUCCUGGUCGGUCCCUGCACAUUGCCCUGGCGACGAGGUCCGCCCACCAUCACGCCGACCCCAAGGGUUCACAGGGUGUCUCCAUGCGUUGCUCAGGCCACUCCUGACCCUCCACAACAAAGGCAACACAAAUCCUCUUCAAACGUUACAUGAACAUGGCUUUGCACCGACAUCAGUACUGCAGGAGCUUAGAGGUACACACUGCACCAGCAUAGCACGGCAUGAGACCGGCAUGUUGGGGUUCACUGAGGCAUGAGUGCUCCUCAAGACGUCCUCUCCACGUCUAGCCAACAGCGGGCGGGCAAACGAGACAGCACAGCCAAUGCAAACAUAAAGGAUCGUCUCACUUUACACUAACGUUGUUUUCGUCUUAUGUUUUUUUGUUACUGUGCUUGUCGAGUUCAAAGCCUCCAACCGAAAUGCCAUCUGUUUGAUCCGACAGUGUUACUGGUCAAGGUGUUCAAAGUGGUCAUGUUCAAUUGAUGCGACCUAAAUUAUUGUAACGUCACCGAUCAACAUUGUACCCGAGUUGUAUUUUCUGGCUGCAUUUCUACCGACGAGUUGAGUACAGUGUUUCUACAGAAUAUUUUGGUAUGAGCAUAAGCAAGCAUUUACAUAUGAAUAUAUUGAAACACAAAACGUUGAGGUGUAUUAGCAUGUGUUUUUUCGAUGUUAUGGUUUUUCAACAAAUGAACAAUGAAGAUAUUUCCCUUGUAUUGAUUGUUGUUGUUGUGACAUUUCUAGAAGUUGAGCAACACACUACAAUGUUGCCUUUCCUGUCCUGCCUCACCCCUCCCUUGCCUUAUCCCUCUCAUCAACUAUUCUUGGUAUUAUAAGUUAUCACUUUAGUGUUAGUUCUGCCUGACAUCACCGUGCACCCGUUCUUUUUGCCUUCUCCUUUUCUUUCUCGUGUUGGCCUGACAGUAUUUGGCGAGAUUCAUACUUAUUUACAUUGGGUACAUUUCGGCUGAUCUUCGCUAGUCGUCGUUGGCUUUCAUUGUUCUCGAGAAAGAGGGUUAGUUGUUUUUCCUGUGUCUGCACUAUUUCUCCGCCUUGUUUCUCUGGCUCUCACCGGUCUGAAUAAAUAACGAUGGGAAACGUUUUGAAUUGAACCGCAGUGUUUGAUUUUCUUUGGUCCUGUCGUGCAUCUUUUAUUCUGCCUGUUUGCCGCGUAUCAAUUUAUAUCUGUUGAGGUAGGCCUAUUCUAAGUAGCUUUCUCACUCCUGUCUUGCCACUAUAGAUAUUACCAUUUGGUUAAUUGAAUUAACAGGUCUCUGAAGCA